AUGGCGGAUAGGGAGAGGGAUCGGAGGAGGGAGAAGGAGAAGCCUCGCGACCGCGAAAGAGAACUCCGAGAACACCGCGACAGGGACAGGGACAUUGAGCGCGAUCGAGCGAGGGAGAGGGAGAGGGAGAGGGAGAGGGAGAAGGAGAGGGAGAGGGAGAAGGAGAGAGAGAGGGAGAGGGAGAGGGAGAGGGGAAGGGGGAGAGAGACGGAAAGGGAUCACCAUCGCAAGAGGACGCGGUCUCCAGGCCAUCGCCGGCGCGCUCUAUCGAGGACGAGGUCGCCGGACGGCCGGCCGGCCAGAUCACGGUCCCGCUCUGCGGAUCGGUCACGCAGGGACCGCCUUCAGCGACGGUCUCCGUCGCCGGAAUCGCAGCGGAGAAAGCGGCACAAGGGGGAGGACGGUAACGACGACAAGGAGCGCCGCCGUGCCGCGGCGGCGGCGGCGGCGGCGGCGGCCGCCUCGGAGUCCGCUGAUGGCGCCGCGAGGGAUCAGUCGAAGAAGCAGCGGGGGGCUUCCGCUGACGGUGCGCGCGCCGACAGCGAAGCGGUGGUACCUAACGACACGGAUCCGGACGAGCUGGAGUUGAUGAAAAAGCUCGGGAUUCCUCUAGGGUUUGAUUCCACAAAAGGUAAGCCUGUCGCUGGGGCCGACGUGAGUGGAAUGCAAGCGGUGACUAAGCGGCAGCCAAGGCAGUACAUGAAUCGGAGAGGGGGUUUCAAUAGGCCACUUCCUGCUGAACGCAACCGCUAG